GUUAUCAGUGCUUUGAGUCACAGUCUCAACACGACAAACACAGAAGCAGCAGUUUCUCUGUAAAGGCAUUCCGAGGAUUCCUCGCGCUCCAUCCUCUCUACCUGUCCGACAGGUGUAGCCGGCUGUCGCGACUGACGCGCUCGAGGCUGAGGAGAGGAAGGCGGCUCUGACAGGAGGACAAUUCAUGGUCAUCUAUGGGUGAGUGUUUGCGGAGAGCUUGCCCAUGUCUGGAGUCACUAUGGCAGAGGAUUUUCACCGACAAAAAGCCUCCUGGACAAGGAGGAGGAGAAAGUAACGAUGGCGGAGGAGGAAGAGGAGGAGGAGGACAGGUGAGGGACAGCAGCAGUGAAGACGGCAGUGAGGAGAGCCCACCGAGCCCGGCACCGCAGGACAGGGUGCCCGAGAGCGGCGCCAUCUACACGGCUCUGUGGCCGUUUGAGGCCCGGCACACGGACGAGCUGUCCUUCCAGGAGGGGGACAUGUUCAGUGUUGUGGACCGCAGCGGGGACUGGUGGAAAGCGCGGAGGAUCGACAAGAACGGGUGCAUCCUGGACAUCGGGAUCGUGCCCAAAAACUACUUGGACCGGGCCGAGUCCCUGCAAAUGCAACCAUGGUUUUUUGGGACGAUGAACCGCUUUGAGGCCCAAGGCCACCUGAUGGCACCAGGAAAUGACAACGGAGCUUUCCUCAUACGACACAGCGAGAAAGACGAAGUUGGAUACGUUCUUUCAGUGAGGUCAGCCAGUCGGGUGAAGCAUUUUAAGGUCCUCAGUACAGCUGACAAUAAUUUUUACGUGGAGCCUAACCAACAGUUCGACUCUCUGAUCGAUUUGGUGGAGCACUACUGUGUCAACAGCCUGAGCAACAGCGGCACACUGGGAAUCCCCUGCAAGAGGAAAAAACCCGCCACACAAGAUCUGAAUCAUUUUACAGUGGAUGAGUGGGAGCUCCCGAAAGAGGAGUUCACUCUGGAGGAGGAGCUGGGCAGCGGCUACUUUGCUGACGUCUACCGUGGACGCUGGAAGAACCACAUUAACGUCGCCAUCAAGAUCAUCAAAAGUGACUCGGAGUUGAACCAUCGUGAGUUUCAGAGGGAAGUUCAGAUCCUGAAGAGUCUCCGCCAUCGUCACCUCAUUUCUCUGUUUGCUGUCUGCACGGCCUCCGCGCCUUACUACAUCAUCACUGAGCUGAUGGAGAAAGGCAGCCUGCUCAGCUUCCUCAGAAGUCCAGAGGGGCAGCGUCAAGAUGUUGCGUCACUCAUUGACAUGGGCGCUCAGGUGGCUGAUGGGAUGUCAUACUUGGAGGAGAAGAACAGCAUCCACAGAGAUUUGGCAGCACGAAAUGUCCUGGUGGGGGAGGACUACAUCUGUAAGGUGGCCGACUUUGGACUGGCCAGAGUGAUAAAGGAGCCGUUCUACAUCACAGAAGAUAAGAAGAUUCCCUAUAAGUGGAGCGCUCCUGAGGCCAUCAGCCAUGGGAAGUUCUCCAACAAGUCAGACGUCUGGUCUUUCGGUGUCUUGCUCUAUGAGAUUAUCACAUAUGGAGGUGUUCCAUACCCAGCCUUUAGCACCCAGGAAGUGUACCAGCAGGUAACCAACGGCUACAGGAUGCCAGCUCCGACCAAAUGUCCCGACUUUCUCUACAAAAUCAUGCUGAAAUGCUGGAGCUUCGAGCCUGCCGACAGGCCAGACUUCAAGUACCUCCGGCUCAAACUGGACAGCGCCUCCUACGAGUUGGAUCCUGACUUGUCUGACACGGCGCAGGGAUCGUGAUCAGUUUUUCACUGAGGACUCUUUUUUAAUAAACUGAUUUUACAGACUUUUGCAUGGAAAAACUUGUGAGUGUUUGCAGUCGGCAAACCUGCAAAGCCUGAUGUAUUUUGUUCCGUCCACUAGGGCUGCAACUAUCAAUUGUUUUUAUUAUCAGUUACUCUGAUAAAUUUUUUUUUGGAGCUGUAACCUUUUGAAACGAACUGGCAACAAUAUCUAUAAUCGAUAAGCCAUUUUAGCUGGGGGGUUUUUGGGGUAAACUCCAAUAAUUUCCUGGUUCCAGCCUGUACAAUGUGAGAAUUUGCAGGUUUAUUAAGUCUUCUGUGAAAAUAAAUUAAAAUAUCUUUCGUCCAUAUCCUUUUGGUUCACUGGUAAGACAAAAAGACAUUUAGAUAUUUCAUUUGAGCUCUAAACAAACUGUCAAGGACAGACCAAACAAUUAAUCAGUUAAGUGCACAAUAUGUAAUUUCUCCCUCUGCCGGUCUCUCGAUCAAAACAUUAACAAAGACGGACUUUGAUGACACCCUGAAGUAGCAUGGGAUCAUGGGAAUUCUUUUCUCCAGUGUUAAAUAACCAUUCAGAAACACUUCUAAAUCUAUUUAAACAACCACCAGUGCCAAUGAAAAUCUAUCUGAUGUUUUAUUUGUGUUAUGUUUAGUCACCUUUAGUCCUCCAUGUUAAUGAAACUGUUAACUUGCUAACUUAUCAUUAGUAUUAAAUGAGUCAACAACCUAUACACUGAAGGCUACAGCUACUAUAGCUAGCAAACCAGCUAGCAAACUGAAUAAUGGGGUGGCCCAGUACUGUUUUUGAAAUUAAAUAAACCCCUUAAAUUAUAACUCCCUUCUCUUUCAGUGAACAGUUUGAAUAAUAUUUGUGCCGUUUGAAAGUCCACCAGAUCUGUGAAUUUGAGUAUUUCUGACUGUAGGAAUAAUAUAUUUGUAUGAUCCCGGUAACCAGCCUUGUGAAUAAUCCUUAUCGCUCUUUUUUGGAGGAUGAAUAAUGAAUGUAUUGUAUUUUUGUAAUUAUUGCCCCAUACCUCUGCACAGUAACUUAAAUAAGGUGAAACCAGUGAACAGUAAAGAAUCCGUAGUGAAUUGUGAUCUAGAAACUGUUUGACUUUGUUUAAUAUUGCUAUACUUCUUGAUACUUGGAAUGUAUGGUUCUUAUAUGUGGUUUCCAACUGAGUUUUUCAUCAGUAGUUGUUCCAAGAAAUUUGAUUUCCUUAACUCUUUGUAUAAUAACCCAUUUAUUUGAAUAAUUAUAUGUGUUUGUCUUGUUGUUACCAAAUAAUAUUACUUUGGAUUUGUUGUUGGAUUUGAUGAUAAUUUGUUACUGUUGAACCAUAUCUUUAAUUUACUUAUUUCUAUUGUGAUGUCCUGCAAUAAUUCCAUUAAAUUAUCUCCAGAAAAAAGGAUAUUUGUGUCGCCAGUAAACAAGACAAAUUUCAUUACUUUGGAUACAUUACAUAUGUCAUUGAUAUAGAGUAUAAAAAACUUUGGUCCUAAGACUGACCCCUGGGGGACACCACAAGUUACGUCCAAGCAUGAAGAGGGACAAUCUCCCAGCUUCACAAACGGUCUCCUGUUACUUAAGUAGCUUUUAACCCAGUUUAAAACUAUACCCCUUAUGCCAUACCGUUCCAGUUUUUUUAUUAAUAUGUCGUGAUUUAUUGUGUCAAAAGCUUUCCUUAAAUCAAUGAAUAUUCCAACUGCAGUUUUUUUUCUGCUCUAUGGAAUUGGUGAUUUCUUCAAUUAAUUCUAAUAAAGCCAGUGAUGUUGAUCUGAAUCCA